UCGGCUCGGUUAGCCUUUGGGUAAAGCUAGCGUGCUAGCAGCAGGAGCUAACAGCUACAUGAACCGUUAGUUUAACGUUCACCGGCUGCAGCCCCGGUAACGGCGGGCACGUCACUGAACCGUUAGCUGACUCUGAAGAUCAGUGAACACUUCGUGAACUUGUCUCGUGUUCUGCUCGCAGGAGGAUGAAGUGUUCAGAGCAGAGCUCCACGGGAUGUUCAGCGGCUCUCUCUCCAGCGUUAGCCGCCUCUUAACGACAAUAACCGGCGUAUUAACGGGGACACGGAUCUGCACGGUUAGGGUGGAGGAGAGAGGCCAGCUGGGAGUCUGCUUCUGUGCCUUGACCUUCCUGUCAUGGAGGAGGAGGUGAGCAUGGAGUAUGUGGUGGAGCAGGUGAUGCAGAAGGACCUGGGGAAGAGGCUCCAGGUGGGCCAGGAGAUCAUAGACCAUAUCCUGGACGAGGAGAAGUCCGUGGAGCUGGAGCAGGACCAGAGCAUGUUGGACAGGAUGGUGGACGCGGUGGCCAGCUCCUGGGUCAACUCCAGCAACUUCAAGGUGGUUCUGUUGGGGAUGGACAUCCUGUCAGCUCUGGUCAGCCGACUGCAGGAGAGGUUCAGGACGCAGGUGGGAACAGUUCUGCCCAGCCUGAUAGAUCGGUUAGGAGACUCCAAGGACCAAGUUCGAGACCAGGACCAAGCGCUUCUACUGAAGAUUAUGGACCAGGCCGCCAACCCACAGUAUGUGUGGGAGCGAAUGAUGGGAGGCUUCAAGCACAAGAACAACAGGACCAGAGAAGGACUCUGCCUUUGUCUCAUCUCAACCCUCAAUGUGUUUGGAUCUCAGAGUCUGACGCUCAGUAAAAUCGUUCCUCACAUCUGUAACCUGCUCGGAGAUCCCACGAGUCAGGUGCGUGAUGGAGCCAUGAACUGCCUCGUCGAGAUCUACCGCCACGUUGGAGAACGAGUGAGGAUGGACCUGGGAAAGAAAGGUCUGCCGCAGUCACGGUUGAACGUCAUCUUCAGUAAAUUUGACGAAGUUCAAAGGUCAGGGAACAUGGUCCUGUCACCUGUGUCAGACAAAAACUUUGAGGACGAUGACUCGGUGGACGGCGGCCGCUCCUCGUCCUCGUCCAAAGGAGCCUCACUGUCCGGGAAGAAGACCGUGAGCAUGGGUUCAUUUCGACGUCCCGCCUCCGCCUCCAGCGCCAAGUCUGCAGGGAGGGAUGGGUCUGGGUCUGCUGCUGGAGCGGUGGAUGAGGAGGACUUCAUUCAGGCCUUUGAGGAUGUGCCCACAAUGCAGAUCUACUCUAACAGGGAGGUGGAGGAGGCCAUGACGAAGAUUCGAGACGUGCUGUCGGAUGAUAAGAAGGACUGGGAGCUCAGAGUGGCAGCUCUGAAGAGGGUUCGUUCGCUGCUCCUGGCCGGCGCAGCAGAGUUCGAUGGAUUCCUGCAGCAGCUGAGGCUCAUGGAAGCUGCGUUCAAACUAUCCGCCAAGGACCUCCGGUCUCAGGUGGUGAGAGAGGCCUGCAUCACUCUGGGUCACCUGUCGUCGGUGCUCGGCAGCCGCUUCGACCACGCGGCAGAGGCCACCAUGCCGAUCCUCCUCAACUUGGUCCCCAACAGUGCCAAAGUCAUGGCCACCUCCGGCAUGGCCGCCAUCCGCCUCAUCCUCAGACACACACACUACCCUCGUCUCAUCCCCAUCAUCACCAGCAACUGUGCCUCCAAAUCUGUGGCUGUCAGAAGACGCUGCUUUGAGUUUUUGGACCUGCUGCUGCAGGAGUGGCAGACGAGUUCUCUGGAGAGACAUGGAACAGUUUUAAUGGAGACUAUAAAGAAGGGGAUCCAUGACGCAGACGCAGAGGCUCGCUCUGUGGCCAGGAAGUGUUACUGGAGCUUCCACGGUCACUUCCGUCGCGAGGCAGAGCAGUUGUUCCAGGGCCUGGAGUCGUCCUAUCAGAAAGCUCUGCAGGCUCACCUGAGGAGCGGAGACAGCCUGAUGUCGCUGCCCGCCUCAGAUCGCUCCUCCUCGUCCUCCCAGGAGAGCCUCAAUCGACCCGUCCCUGUAAAAAACACCUUUGCAAGCGGCACAGGAAGAUCCAAAGCUGCCCACAGCAGGACGCCCGCUGCCGCUUCCUCUCCAGGCUCUCUGCAGCGUUCUCGUAGCGACGUGGACGUCAACGCGGCGGCCACAGCCACCGCCCGCACCAGAAUGCCCGCCGUGCCCUCUGCUGCGUCAGCGGCGGCUUCGCCCUUCAGCUCAGCCUCGGCCCUUCCACCUGGAUCCUACGCCUCACUGGGUCGAGUACGAACCAGGAGGACGAGUUCAGGAAACAGUCCGUCUGUGACUGACAGCCGGGGAAGAAGCCGAGGGAAAGUCGUCUCUCAGUCUCAACCCGGCAGCAGGUCAGGCUCUCCUGGCCGACUCCUGAGCUCCACCUACGGCAGGAUCCCGAGGCCGGCUAUGGGCACUGCUGCUGCUGCAGCCACAACCAACAGCGCCUCCACCGGUGUGACUGACAAGAACCGACCUCGUGGUCACCGCAGCCAGGGCUGCAGCCGAGAGACCAGCCCCACCAGAUCAGGCACGGCCCGCAGUCGAAUCCCCCGACCAAGCAUGAGUCAGGGCUGCAGCCGCGAAACCAGUCGCGAGAGCAGCCGCGACACCAGCCCCGCCAGGGGUUUCUCCCCCCUGGCUACUCGUCGACACUCCCGCUCUACCAGUGCCCUGUCCUCUGCAGAGUGCUACUCAGACCGGCUGUCCCAUCAGGCUCGUAUCUCGGCCUCUGUCAACGCCAUGAGAAUCCUCAACACCGGCACCGAUGUCGAGGCUGCCGUCGCCGACGCUCUGCUCUUAGGAGACUCGAGGAGUAAGCGGAGGCCAGUGAGGCGGCGCUUCGAGUCUCCGGGAAUGUAUUCCGACGACGACGCCAACAGCGACGCCUCCAGCGCCUGCUCUGAGCGCUCGUACAGCUCACGUAACGGCGGCAUGGCGCCCCACUACCUGCGUCAGACGGAGGACGUGGCCGAAGUGCUGAACCACUGCGCCAGCGCCAACUGGUCUGAGAGGAAGGAGGGGCUGCUGGGACUGCAGAACCUGUUCAAGAGCCAGAGGAUGCUCAGUCGUGUGGAGCUGAAGAGGCUUUGUGAGAUCUUCACCAGGAUGUUUGCAGACCCUCACAGCAAGGUCUUCAGCAUGUUCCUGGAGACUCUGGUGGACUUCAUCACGCUGCACAGGGACGACCUGCAGGACUGGCUCUUCGUCCUGCUCACUCAGCUGCUGAAGAAGAUGGGGGCCGACCUGCUGGGCUCCGUCCAGGCCAAAGUCCAGAAGGCACUGGACAUCACCAGAGAGUCCUUCCCGUACGAGCAGCAGUUCAACAUCCUGAUGCGUUUCAUCGUGGAUCAGACGCAGACGCCCAACCUGAAGGUGAAGGUGGCCAUCCUGCGCUACAUCGAGGCGCUGGCCCGACAGAUGGACCCGGCUGACUUCGUCAACUCCAGCGAGACGCGCCUCGCCGUCUCGCGCAUCAUCACCUGGACCACCGAGCCCAAGAGCUCCGACGUCCGCAAGACCCUUCAUAACUGGGCAGGGGAGGAUUUCUCAGGCCGACCCAGCACCGUGGCUUCUCUGCCUGGAGAAGGCAACCUGGAGGAGAGGUGCAAGCAGGCGGCUCAGGUGGUGUUAAUCGCCCUCUUCGAGCUCAACACUCCAGAGUUCACCAUGCUGCUGGGCGCGCUGCCCAAAACCUUCCAGGACGGAACCACCAAGCUGCUGCACAACCACCUGAGGAACGCCAGCGCUGGCAUCUGCAUGGCGUCUCCCAGUAACUCGGCAGGUCGGACGCUUCCACGGCAGCCCGGCAGCCGCAGCAGCCCGCUCACCUCACCCACCAACUGCUCCCACGGGGGGCUUUCUCCCAGUCGGCUGUGGGGUUGGAGCGCAGACGGGCUCUCCAAGUUCCCUCCUCCAUCCUUCCCCUCCCCUCUUUCUCCAUCCGCUGCCCACUCCUCGCUCAAGGCAGUGCGGCGAGCUUACUCACCCAGCAUGCUGGAGUACGACAGUGAAAACCUGAACUCAGAGGAGAUCUACAGCUCUCUCCGGGGCGUCACUGAAGCCAUCCAGAACUUCAGCUUCCGCAGCCAAGAAGACCUGAUGGAGCCGCUGAGGCGAGACAGCAAGAGGGACGGCAUGUCUGGAGUCGGAGCGUCCUCAGAUGGUGACGUGGUGGGCGGAGGACGCACAGCUCUGGACAACAAGACGUCGCUGCUGAACACGCCUUCGCCACGUUCCUUCGCCGGCCCGCGCUUCCGUGACUACAACCCGUACAACUACACCGACAGCAUCAGCACGCUGGACAAAGCUGCUCUGAAGGAGGCGCUGUACGAGGACGCCGUGGAGCAGCUGAGAGACGGCUGUCGACAAGAAUAUGUGGAGAACAAGAUCAUGAACCCCAAAAGCUUCCCAGCGGCCCCCGCAGAGCAGCUGGAGCUGGUCGGGGGGCUCCUGAAGGAGCUCUCACAGGGCCAGGCAGGGGAGCGGGGCCCCGAGGAGAGACGGGGAACCCUGCUGGAGCUUCUGAAGGUGGCCCGAGAAGACAGCCUGGUGGUGUGGGAGGAACACUUCAAGACCAUGUUGCUGCUGCUGCUCGAGACGCUGGGAGACAAAGACCACACGAUCCGGGCGCUGGCCCUGCGAGUCCUGAAGGAGAUCCUGAGGAACCAGCCGGCCCGCUUCAAGAACUACGCAGAGCUUACCAUCAUGAAGACGCUGGAGGCUCACAAAGACUCGCACAAGGAGGUGGUGCGUGCGGCGGAGGAGGCGGCCUCCACGCUGGCAGGCUCCAUCCACCCGGAGCAGUGCAUCAAGGUCCUCUGUCCCAUCGUGCAGACGGCAGACUACCCCAUCAACCUGGCCGCCAUCAAGAUGCAGACGAGGGCCAUCGAACGCAUCUCCAAGGAGCCGCUCCACCAGCUGCUGUCUGACAUCACACCUGGGCUCCUGCAGGGCUACGACAACACUGAGAGCAGCGUGCGGAAGGCCAGCGUCUUCUGCCUGGUGGCCAUCUACUCUGUGAUCGGAGAGGAGCUGAAGCCUCACCUGGCUCAGCUGACCGGCAGCAAGAUGAAGCUGCUCAACCUGUACAUCAAGAGAGCCCAGACCUCCACCAGCAACAGCAGCAGCUCCUCCGACAUCUCCUCCUACUAACUCCCACAGCACGCGCUUAGCUUCCACCGUCUUCCAUCAGCCACCAGGAUCACGAUUAUCUCGAGGGUCUUUGUAGGACCAAAAACUUCACUAUGAUUCCCAUUUCAUCCCUUCAGCCGCUGACAAAGCUGACGUCAUCUCGUGGAGCUCAUGCUGUCAUGGCUCCAGAUUCUGGACCACCUUCUUCUCAUCUUUGAAGCAAAUGUUUGGGAAGUCAGCUGAUCCUGGCAGCUAAGACGUUUGUUAAAGAACCAGGCCCCUCCACCUGAACGUCAUGUUCUUCCUCCUCUUUCACACUAGAGUCAUGAGCCUUAAAACUUUAAGUGAUCGUAGAACCCAUUGAUUAGAGGCUGCGUGCCUGAAACCAAGAUCUCCUCUUCCUCCUCUUCUUCCUCGCUCCUCAUUUCACCAUCCACACCGUCGUCUUUCAGUCUGUAUCUGAGGCCCUCCUGGAAAAUCUUUGUGAACGUUAUACUAGCAUGGAGGCCGUCUUGUUAAACUUCCAGCAGACCUGAGGUGAGUUUGGUGGAAGAAGAAGAAGAAGGUCCUUCCUCUCUGUACUGGAGGAAACCUGUGGCUAUCAGUGUUUUUGUUCAUUUGAGUAAUCCACUUCUUUGAACAUUGUUUUGCUUUGACACAUCAAACCUUAUUGUAUAUUGAAUGUAACGAGCUUCACAGGAUGUUUCUCCCUCCUGAACCACUGCCUCAUCGUACCUGUUGGCUCAAUCUUAGGCGGUGGAAUGGUUUCCAGUUUGAACAUGAACGUUGGAUGAAUUUCAAAAAGGCUGAACUCCAGGGUCCAUCUGAAGAGAAUCAUGAGCUUUGAAUCAGAAGUUUGACACCUGGAUGAGGAAAACGACAGAGCACUGUUUCUUUCUGUUGUUGCACUCGUUCAUAUCCUAACGAUGGAAAUGUGAAGUUCAUGUUGGUUUACGUUGAAGGAUCAUUUGGCUGGCCAAUGAUGUGAAGACAAAAAGUGUGAAAUACCAGCAGAAGAAUUCAGUGUUGAUAUUUAACCAGUUUUUUUAGGCGUGAAGAAGAAAAACGAUGAACGAGUUCUGUGUGACGCGCUGGUUCAGCUCCCGUUUUUAUGAAGUUUGUCAACAUAAAAAGGAAUAUAUAUUCAAAUCUUUAUGAUUCUGUCUGAAACUGAAGCCAGCAGCUGAAUGAUCUUUAUAUUUGAAUCACGUCUGGAUACAGAUCGCUGAGUUCAGUCUGACAUGCAGAGAGAGACGUCGUCUUACAAUGGGACCAAAUGUAUUUUCAUCAGUCAGGCAGAUCUGUAUUUAGUUUGUGUUACGUUGAAUUCUUUGAAAUGGGAAAUGAACCUGCUGAGUGUUACACAGACCUCGUUUGUCACCUCUAUAUGAAUAUAUAUAUUUAAAACCAUGCAGUGGAUUUUUAAUCGACUUCAUUGACUGAACGUUAGAAAAGUUACUGAGCUGAGAAAAAGAAGCAUUCUGAUGAUUUUAGUAAAGAAACCACUGAGGCCGCCUGCUGCAGCCCGGCCUGUCCGAACUGUCAAGACUACUACAAUACUGAAAUAUAUGUUUGUAUGUUAUGUUACACGACACAGGAACCUGAAGGUGAAAUAGCAUCAGUAUUUGAAUUCCUGGCGGUUUCGUUGGCAGUGAGCUCGUUGUCAUCAGUGUGUUUGGUUUUAAAGAGAAGCUUCGAGCUGUUCUAAAUUUGAAUGUAAGUCACUUUGAGACUUGGACCUUUUAAAAUGUGAAAAGAAAAAAGAAAUGGGCCUAAAUCUGACGCAGAGGUCGACAAUCUGAAUGACGGCGUGCUACUAAAAGCUGAUCGAUGGAUGGUGAAGUGGCAGCGUGACAGGAAGUCUGAGACAUUAGCAAUAAACACUGUAACCUUCCAUCGUGUUCCUGAGACUCGCUGUCACCGUACAGUGUCUUUUUUUAAUUCAGUAUAUUCUAAUGAAAUGUUACUGCUGCUUAUGAGAACACUAACACACGCUCCCAAUAACUCUGAAAGGUUACAAACUGACCUCUGACCUGCCUCAACUUACCUAGUGCUAAACUCCGCCCGUGUGGCGCACCAGGGAAGUUCAAACAAGCGCUACAGAGGAGGUUCACGUUAGCUUAGCUUAGCAUAAAGACUGGAAGCAGAGGGAAACUGUUAGCCUGUUUACUGAUCAUGAUUUAAAAACAGCAGAGGGCUGCAUGGACCAGGCUAACGCUCCCCCCCGCUUCCAGUCUUUAUGCUAAGCUAAGCUAAAUGAGCUGUCAGUCCUUUAAUGUGACGCAGGAUGCUGUUAGUGAAGGUGUCAGGCCUUAUCCGAGCUACACACACACACACACACACACACACACACACACACACACACACACACACACACACACACACACACUCUCUCUCUCUGUUGGACUGUUUCAUUGUGGCUCCAGAAGCGGUGCAGUCCUCUGCGUGUGAUCCAGACUCCAGCUUCUGAACUACACCUGCAUGCCUGCUCCUCGGCAGUCGUAGGAUAUUUCCGGCCUGUCAAAUGUAGUUUGACAAAAAAAGUCCAAACUAGAAAUGAGAUCUGAAGUGGUCUUUUGGUUUCCUGCUGGUGCCUUUGGUGAGGAUCUCCUGUACUAACACUACACACACUGCUGCAGAGAGUAACGUGCUGUACAUACGCGCUCACCAUGCAUGGCUCCUGUUUUUAUCAGCUGACUACUUUCACGCUCUCCAAUAUUUAUGUUUUAUUUCCGUGUAUGACUGUAUAUAUUUCCAUGUUUGGUUCUUCCACCUGUGAUAGACUUUCAGAACUUGAAAUAAACUAUCAGACUUCUA